AUGGAUCUCCAAAACCUAUCCGCAGCAGAUCUCGUCCAAAAAUUUGACAAUGAUCGAACAAACACUACCCUCGCUGAAGAAAUUCACCGUCGUACAAUCGACCCAUCUCUGAACGGAGAAUUGUUCCAAGAGAUUAAGAAUCUCAAGGACUCAAUUGAAGGAGUCCCCAGGCCUCCCGGCGAUGAGUUCGUGAGGCCUCGACCUGUCCCUAAAGCCUCAUGGGAAAAUUGCAUCGGCCAGCAGAAAUGUACCCCCAAGUUCUUGCGCUAUCCCAAGGGCUUGUCAGAUCUUUUCCAAGCUGUCAAGGAUGGUAGAGAGCAGAAACUUAAUGUAAGGGCUGUUGGGUCGGGCCAUUCGUUCUCGAACAUUUGUCCUACAGAUGGGAUUCUUCUUGAUCCUCAUGGGAUGAACAAGUUCUUGAAGUUGGACUCUGAGACUUUGAAAGAACCUUCUAAAGCUUUAGAUCAUGUUCUUGUCGAGAGUGGCAUUACAAUCAAGGAUUUGAACGCGCAGCUUGAUAAGAUGGGGAAAGCUCUUGCGACGAUGGGAGCAUAUGACGGACAGACUCUUGUUGGAGCUAUUACAACUGGCACUCAUGGCAGUGGUAAGGACUCUGGAAACCUAGCUAGUCUUGUCAGAGCUAUCGUCCUUGUUUCUGAGACUGGAAAGGUUUAUCAAAUUGAGCCAAAGGAUGGUAUCACAGAUCCCGCCAAGUUCGUCCCAGGCGACGCUCAGGAACUCAAGCAGGAUGAUGAUUGGUUCCAAGCAGCUCUCAUAUCAAUGGGCUGCCUAGGUCUCAUCUACUCUUACAUCGUCGAAGUGGUACCCACGUUCUUUCUCAGCGAAGUCCGAUCAUUGACGACUUGGCAAGACUAUAAGUCCCAACUCAAAGGGGGUCUUGCUUCUGAUCCCUUGCAGAAUCACUACUUCGAGAUCGAUCUAAACCCAUAUGAGACAAUGAAAAGAAACAUCGCAGUCACUACGAUCCGCACUGUCUCAAAGGCUACCAAGCGCGAAGGCAGUCGCGGAUUCCCCAACUGGCUCGCCGGCCUCCUCGCCCAACACCACUGGGUCGAAGACAUCCUCGUCUGGAUCCUCAACCGCUGGCCGCUCCACAGCCCCGGCAUAAUCACCACCGCCAUGGAAAGUCUCCCCGUGAAGCACUACAUCGACAAGAGCUUCAAAGUCCUCAACAUCGGCGCCGUCGACGACGUAAAAGCCUACGCCAUGGAACUAUCCUUCGACGCCAACAAGGACAUAGUCUCCAUCGUCGAUCGCAUCCUCGCACUGUUCCAGAAAGCAGCUAGUGAGAAGAAGUGGUUUUUGGCUGGGCCGUUUGCGCUGCGGUUUGUCAAAGAGUCUAGUGCAUUUUUGGCACCGCAGCAGGGGAGGACGACGAUGAUGGUUGAGAUGGAUAUGUUGUUUGGGGUGAAGACGGGGGAGGAGCUGUUGAAGUUUAUGAGGGGGGAGUUGUGUAAGGGAGAGGAGGGGAAGGGUGUUAGGGUUCAUUGGGGAUUAGAUUUGGAUACGGUUAAGGACGGGGACUUGGAGAGGAUGUAUCCUGAGUCGGAGAGAUGGCUGGCUGUUUAUAAGGAGCUGAACUCGACGGGGAUUUGGAAUAGUCCUUUCACGAAGCGUCUGGGGAUUUCUAUGCCCAUGUAA